AUGGUCAGCUGCAGCUCCACGACCGAGACCCAACCCGACAUUGACUACGUGCUCGUCAACUUUGAGCCUCUGCACAAGCAGCGCUGGCGUUCCGACACGGUGCGUCUCGUGUGCGCCCAGUUCCCGCCCCACACGAGAUGCCUGUGGCAUCAGCACCUCAAGUACGGGAUUUACGUGGUCAUGGCGCCGCUGGACAUGGUGGAGCAGCCGUACGGACAAGAGCCUCGUCCUCUAGUGCAAGACAAGGGUGCUGUCUUCUGCCGCGACCACACCAAAGACAAGUUGAUUCAUGUGGGCACAACCGGCGAGCUCCCCGCGUUCCUUGUUGAAGUCGAGCUGCUGAAGGAGAAGGCCGACAUCGUCCCGAACGACAAGUUCCCGUUGCAUGCGGGCAAAGGGGUCGAACUGCUCAACAACGAGCGUGAAUGUCGCGUUUAUCGCUUCACGAUGCAAGACGACAAGGGCGACGACGAAGCAGUCUCCGAAAUCUCGCUCGAGCUGCAGACGGAGGCCGUGCUGCUUGUCCUGGACAACUGCGAGGUAGAAGUCACGAAUGAGUCGAGAGAGAAACAAGAAAACACCGUUCGCCAGCUUUCUCUGCAGGUUGGAGACGACGUCCAGCUCACUGCAGGCAAAUUCAGCCUGAAACUCGUGUCGUCGAGCGAAAAGAAGACUCAGUUUGUCCUGGCCGAGAUCUAUUAG